CUACUAUUGAAACACACUCCGAUUUAUUAAACCUCAUCGAAGUAGUCCUGAGACGACCGACACGAAGCAUCAUUUGAAAAUGUCAAACUUUUUGCAACUUCGCCGCCCAACAACCUACUCCAAAGUGUUGGAAACGGUGCCAAAACCGGAGAGAGCCUUACCCCGACACGGAGGUCUACCGCUAUGGGAAAAACUAACUCUUGAUCGAAAACUCCCUUCCAAUGCGUGCCCAAUCCAUCCACCGACGUUCUCGCGCGGGUUCCUCGGGCAGCCCCUGUGGGACAACAAACCCAUCGAUUUUGGGUUUGACCUGACCGAUCCACACGGCCGGAGUGUGUCGCACGCUUACCAACCGUUGCACGAUAAACAGCUGGCGGAUUUCUACCGCGGUUCUGAAAUACGCAACAUUCUGAAACAGCAACAAUUGAUAACCGACGAAAAUGAUGCCAUCUGCACUCUGGAGGAGUUCAAUCGGUACCGGUUUUAUCUUUGGAAACUACAUAAGCAUGAAAUUCGCAAAGAGUUUCAAAAAUUGGAUAAAAUACGAUGGGAAGAGUACCGCGACAAGAAAGCUGUUCUGCAUAUCAAGAAGCACUACGACAUUGAGGACAAAUACGAGCGUAAACGAUGCAGGGCACGCAUUUUGAGAGAAGCAAAACGAACAAAAGCUUUGAAGGCCAUUUCCAAAUAUCAAAAGAAAAUGAAAAGAUUUAUGGAAUGUCGAAAUGCGUUUAAACUAUCCAAUCUAAACGAAGGGCACCUACGCAUGUUGCAAGUUCGUUACAAUAAUGCAUUACUCAAGGCAUCUCGAAAAUCAUAUCGUCUACGUUUGAAACGAAAACUUCGUGAUCAGGAUUCAUUACGCACCCGAAGACUAUCCGUCAUGAAGAAACGGAUAAGAGAAUCAAUUAAAAUUACGAAGAAAGAGAGACACAAGAUGCUUUUCAUGUCGGCUCAACGUGCAGAAGCCAACCGGUUGGCACUUUUGCAAAGUUUCAUAAAGCACAAGCACAACAAUGUCGAACGACGAAUGAUCCGAUCGGCCAAACUUCAGGAGCGUUCAGAGCGGCAACUAACCAGCAGGAAGGCACGAAACCUUGCCAGCAAAUACGACAGACGUUCCAGGCCUGCGAUGAUGCGAGCCAUGCUGAAAGCAUGGCAUAACGUCCGCAUUCGCCAACCGGACCUAAGCCGACAACUGUCGCGCGCCUCGGUUGAACAGGCCGUCAACAUUGCCUACAGCAUCCACACCACCAUCAGUCCCAACAUCAGCAGCACCCAAAUAAUCGACACUGCCAGACAACUGAUCAGCGACUUUGCCAACAUGCCUCAGGAGCAACUACCGCUGGAUCAAUACACCAUCCGUUACACCAGUGAAGCCCUACUGAAAAUACUGGAACAAACCAAAGAGCAAGUGAUACGCGCCGGGUGCUAUCUCAUCGAGCAGGUGGCAACUAAAAUGCGCAAUCGAAUUGAAUCCGACGAACAACAACGCCACUCAACACUGUGCGGCCCUUGGAAUGCACGCUGGAAACGCUCCUCCCUGUCGAGUCGAUCCACAAGCCACCGGGUAUCGAUAGGAAAUGUCCAAAUCGUAGACGAAAUUGAAACCGAUCAAGAACAUUUCAAAAAAUCUCGCCUACGACCACCCACCCCCGUUACAUCCAUUACAUCUCUUGUCGAGCACAUUGUGGAAACCGACGAGACCAUCCUGGAAUCUUCCAGUGAAACCCUGGAAGUGCCUUCCUUCGUAGCGGUUGCCAUAGAGAGACGAGCCACGGCCGGCGACCACCCGUUGAUACAUCUAACCUUCCGACAGAAACGGUUCCUGGAGAUGAACCUGAUCAAGUUCAAGGCUAUCAUCCUUCGCAACGUGGAAACUCGCUCGCUGGCCGCUAUCGAUGUGAUGCGACUGGAAAUCGUCCGCCGGAAGUUACGCUGCCCAAGCGAGGCCACGACGAAGGAAAGCAUUGCGCGCGAAACGGCACGAUGCAUUUUGGUGUUCCCCAAGGAGGAUAAGAAAUAUGCCGAGCUACUUUUGGACACCAUAAACCUGCUGGUGUGCGAAGUUUGCGACGAGUUGGAGGACAUUCUGAAUGCGCCGUAGAUUUU